AUGGACGGGGAUUCGCGGACACCUCGCUGGGAUGGCAGUCGGUUAUCGUCCUCGUCUUUCACCCGACAAGGUUGGUCUCGACUAUCUCCGCAUGAAGGCCAUGCAGGACCUUCCCACUACGCAAGCUGGCAGCACUACGAGUCCUUUGCCGACUACGAAACAUUCCGAGACCCUCAGUCUUCGGCUCUGCGUGAAGUGCACGAAGACACGCAACACUCAGACCGCGCUGCUGCUAAUCUAACAUCGGGGCGGCUGUCUACUUUACCAACGCGGCCUGUUCUGGUCAGAGCGUAUUCUGGAAAUGCAGAGGAUGAACCGAGGAGCAAGUCAUCGACCAUGUCUCCGCGUCGACUGUUCCCGUUUACCGGGUCGAGGAGUUCGGGUUCGCCGCUCCCGUCCGAUAAAGACUUCAGUAUUGAUAGUAUACUGCAGGCCAUCGAUCCCGAUAUCCGUGGAACAUUAGACUCAAUCGCCGAGAUCUGUGGGCGCAGUAAACUAAGUCUUGCCAAUGAGUAUGGCAGUCACAUCGCCCCGUUGGGAGAGAUUCGUGCUCCACCAACAGGUGGCUUGGUGCCGGUUGAAGAGGCAAGCUCGAGUGAGGAAGGUCGUGCCGAUGAGGGUGUCGUUAUCUUUGAUGAAGACCCCGGCGUGAUGGAUACUAGCCGUGAUAUGCAUCCAUUCUCUUUCUAUCGCUAUCUGGAGAAUCUCCGGCACGCUGCAUCCGCCUUGGAGCGUAAUGGGGGUUCGACCUCCAUAAUGGCUGCACAGUCUGCCAUCAUGAAUGGACAGUCGGCUUCAGCUACUGGGUUAGAAAGAGACGCAUUGCCAGUGAUUCGCGAGUUUCCCACGGGGCCAAAGAACUCCAGCCGGGACCUGCUGGGGAAGCAUCAGCCCUCUGGCAAUUCGGGCCAGUCCUCGCAAGAUAUAGCUACCCCAGCUAUAAUCUCAGAAGUUCACUUUGAUGCGCGAGCCGAUGAUCAGCACAUUGCUACUGAGCCACGCCUAGGUGGAAGGGCCAGUGGCCGCUCAACACCGGACACCUGGAAUACGUCCGAUGUGGUCCAAUCUCUCCUUGGUUGGCUGAAAUGGACUACUCGUGUCGUUGAACCAGACUCGCGACCUGCCUUGCAAUCAGCCGAGGAUCGUCUCCGGGCUAUGCUCGGGCGAGCAGACGAUGAAAACACAUCUUUGCCUGCAGCUUAG